AUGAUCGUCGCUAGUGUCCUUUGGCAAGGACAGGAUCCUUUACUCCUGCUUUCUCUCUACUCCUCUUCUCCGAGCGCGCCCUCCGGUUCCUCAAGCGCACCCUCCGCCUCGUCCGCACCCUCCACCUCGGCCCCGCCCUCCUCCACCGCGCUCUCCGCUUCCUCGAGCGCAGGGCUGACGCCUAGUGCCGCUGCCCCCCUGACGCCCGCAGAGCUCGGGCUGUCCGUGGUCGUCCCACGCGACGGCGACAGGUGGCAGUCUACGGCCGACACCCGCGGCCGGAUCGAGCAGCUCGCCACGGAGGCCUCGCUCGACGUCAAGGGCAUCCAGGUCGCCGGGUGUGUCGUCUGCCGCGAAGCGGUAGUCGUCGAGUUUGACCGCAGGUCCUUGUACCACAACUGGGGCCACUUUUGUAAUGAGAAGCCCCCGGGACAGGUCAAGGGCGUCGACUACCGAGAAGGUUGCUGGGUGUCUCGGCUCUUCUUCGCGUCCGAAUGCUACCGCUUCCCAGCACUGCAGGACGAGGUUGACGAUGCUGUCGAGUACCACGAUCUGGAGGAGGUGCUUGGGACGGUCUUUGACGCGUCUAGUCCGCUCAACUGGCUGGCCGAGCUCGUACCUCCCGGCUUUAUCGUUCCGCCUGAUGCCCCUCCCGUCAUGGUGGCAAAGAACUCGACGGCCGCGUGGCUCGCACUGAACGGUGUCGCCCUCGCUAACCGCCUGACGCCGGGUGCCUUUUCCGAGCUGGAGGAGACACGGACCGACAACAAGGGGUCGAGCCGAGCGAUCGCGAAAGCGGUCCGCAUUGCGCGCGCGAACGGGACGCCUGACAUCGGCAUCAAUGCGUGCGACUUCGCCGGCUGCGAUUUCGCCAUCUUCAAUGGCAAGCCCGGCGGCGGCGUCCUGAACCACACUUGUCGCCGGCCGUCGGGCCGACCAAGCAUGCCAACAACCCGGCGAUACUCGAACGUGUUCCAGUUGCCCGCACCGGUUCGAGUAGCGCUUCUCUUGUGGCUUCGGGUGGAGGGAGGGGACGAGUGGGCGGAUAUGGCUCGCGAAGUGUUCUCGUGGAGGGGAGCGGGGCAGGCGGCGGGACCGUCAGGAGGGAAGAAGCGAAAGGCGCCGAGCAAGGGGGCGAGUAAGAAGGCGCGCAAGUAG